GCUCUUCCGUUUUCCUGUUUACAAUGGCGUCCCUCCCGCGUUGAUCAAAAUUUGAGGACACAAUUUGAUUCUCGUUGCUCCAUUGCCAUGUUUUUUCAAUUUAUGUCUGUAGUUGUCACUGUGUCCCUGCGGUCUUGGCCUAACCUGGUUCUCCAUCUUGGACAUUCUGUCGCUGAUGAUUUCAUACGCCGAUCAUGAACUUCGAGAUAUCACCUCUAAAGAAGCUUGAUGUGUUACUAUGCAGACAGUGGCAUUUAAUUACAUAAUUAUCAUGUCGCGUUUAUUUCUUAGCCCUAACAUGGACAUUUAUCACAGACCCCGUAGCUUGAUCAUAUUCGUCCGGAAAUAAAAACGCAGGGAACCAAGCACCGCUGCUGCCCACACUUUACUUUCGCUUCUUUCAUUUUGUCCUCAUCUGCAUUAGGUGAAUUUUGAAAUCUCUGGAUGUUUCGCCGUACGCAUCUGGAAAAAUGGAGAUAUCAUUGCCACUGCAGCUUGUGCCCCAGCCUGCCUUGUCCCUCGUGGAUCUUGGCAAACAGUUAUUGGAAGCUGCCAAAAAUGGGGAAACUGAAGAGGUGCGUCAACUUAUGACAAGUGGAGCACCCUUCACAACAGAUUGGCUGGGAACAUCGCCACUUCACAUGGCAGCACAGUUUGGACAUGUCCAGACUGCUGAGGUGCUUCUACGCGCGGGCAUUAGUCGUGACGCACGGACUAAGGUUGACCGAACACCGCUGCAUGUUGCAGCUCAGGAAGGCCAUAUGGACCUUGUAGAGCUUCUUCUCAAACACUCAGCUGAUGUUGAUGCUAAAGACAUGCUCAGAAUGACUCCACUGCAUUGGGCAGUGGAAAGGGGUCACGUAAACGUCAUAAAUUGCUUGCUGCGAUGGGGUGCGGACGUCGGUGCAUGCAGCAAAUUUGACAAGUCACCGCUGGAUGUUGCCUUGGACAAUGAUAGAGCAGACCUGGCACAAGUUCUUCACGACCACAUGAAUAACCCGACUCCGCGUGUGAAACCAGUUGUGGAGCAGACCUUCUCACUGGCAGUGUCAUCGAUACCUGCAAAGACUUCAACGUCGAUUGCCGUUGCACCGAGGACUGUCAAAACAACUCCCAUGACUGUUACAAUCACUACAAGUGGUGCUGGAGCAGCAGGGUCACCAACCAAGGCAGGGGCUACACGCAAUAUCUACAUCCAGCCCAAAGGACCUAAGAUAUUGAGGACUGUUGGGGCACAGCCUGUCAAGCCUGCAGCCAAUGCUGCUACAAUGGAAGAAAGUACUAGCCAAGGUAGCCCAUCUGUCCUUGCCACACUGGCAGCACUUGCUGAAGCAACUGCCCCAAAUACAACCCUCACAUCAACAGAAGCUGUACAGUGGCUAGAGACUCACGGGAUCACCAUGCUACCAACUGACAACUCUACAAUAGUGGCAUCUGCCUUGGAAGGGGGACAGACAAUCUCAUUAACCGAUGCAGGAAAACUGGCUCUAAACUGGGUAAAAGUUAAAGACCAACAAGGAGCAACAGGUGAAGUUGUGAGCUCUGAUGCAUCUCUGGGAAAUGCAGUCGCCAACGCUGCUGGACAGAACGUGAUUGCAAUUGUAGCGGAUGAGUCUCAGAUACCAUCACUUGUCACUGGCGGAAGUCAGCCUCCAUUUGUUGUUGUUUCAAGCAGCACAUUAAAAAGUGCAGAAGGAAAGAACUCUCAUGUAAUCAUAAAAACACCAGGGGAGAGUGCAGCAAAGCGGCCAAGGAAGGCGUCUGUGUCUGAAAAGGUGAACGGAAAAGUCUCGAGUACUUCUGAGCCAAAGACGGGUGGUGAUCGGGAGAAAGACAUGCUUCAGCGGGAACUAGAGGCACUUCGGAAACAAGCUGAACUCUACAAAGCCCAGCUUCAACAGAAAGAGCAUGAAGCUGAACAGUACAAGAAAGAGCUUGAGCAAAUGAAAACAGUCAUUACAGACACUUCCAUCCAGGAUGGCUAGGUGAUCCCAUCACACUAAUGUACAUAUUGUAGCAUUUUUGUAAUAAAACACUGCGUGUGGA